AUGUCCGGCGCGACCCCCGCGAAGGGCUACCGCCGCACGUGGACGUGGCAAAACCCGCGACUCACGUGGAACGAGCGCGAGAGCGAGGAGCGCAGGUCGUUCGGAAAGGCGUGGAAGAUGAACACCGCGGUGGGCAAGUCGGACCCGAACUCGUGGGGGUCGCUCACGCCCGCGGAGCUCCGCAUGCAAGCGGCGCAGGACAACUCGGAAGACUUCCGGACGCCGUACUACGACCGCGAGGUUCAGCUCUACCACAGGUACCAUCGGAAAGGCGAGGGGAAGGAGCACGCGCCGCUGAAUCCGGAGCCCGGGCCGCUGUGA